AUUUUGUAUUUUUUAAGGACUGUUUUGCCUUCACAAUGUUUGGGGACUUAUUUGAAGAGGAUUUUUCCUUUAUUUCAAACAAUCAUUGUGGAAAAGGGAAGAAAUCAAAGCCCAGAGAUUCUGAGCCUCCAGCUCCCAGGGAUUUCACCAACCUGAGUGGUAUCAAAAAUCAGGGUGGGACCUGCUACCUCAAUUCCCUUCUGCAGACUCUGCUUUUCACACCUGAAUUUAGAGAGGCGCUGUUCUCUCUAGGACCUGAAGAACUUGGGACUCUGGAUGACAGCAGUAAACCAGAUGCAAAGGUUCGAAUAAUUCCAUUACAACUUCAACGGUUAUUUGCUCAGCUUCUGCUCUUGGACCAGCAAGCUGCAUCUACAACAGACCUUACCGAGAGCUUUGGGUGGAACAGCAAUGAGGAAAUGAGGCAGCAUGAUGUGCAGGAAUUAAAUCGGAUUCUGUUCAGUGCUUUGGAAACUUCCCUUGUGGGGACUUCGGGUCAUGAUCUUAUUAAUCGAUUAUACCAUGGGAUUGUUGUAAAUCAGAUUGUUUGUAAAGAAUGCAAGAAUAUCAGUGAGAGACAGGAAGAUUUCUUAGACCUAACAGUGGCGGUAAAAGAUGUUGCUGGCUUGGAGGAGGCCCUGUGGAACAUGUAUGUAGAAGAAGAAUACUUUGAAAAUGAGAACUUGUAUCGAUGUGGAGCCUGUGAUAAACUUGUUGAAGCUUCAAAGUCUGCUAAACUACGCAAGUUGCCACCCUUUCUCACCAUUUCUCUCCUGAGAUUUAACUUUGACUUUGAGAAGUGCGAACGAUACAAGGAAACGAGCUGCUAUACAUUCCCUAUCCAGAUAAAUCUGAGGCCUUUUUGUGAGCAGACUGAAAUGGAUGAUUCAGAGUACAUGUAUGAGCUCUUCUCUGUUAUUAUACAUAAAGGUGGCUGCUAUGGAGGACACUAUCAUGUUUAUAUCAGAGAUGUGGAUGAAUUAGGAAACUGGCAAUUACAAGAAGAAGAGGAUAGGCUGAUUGAAGAUAAGGCUUUAAGAGAUACUGAAAAUGCCAAAGAAGUAGAAAAUCCAUUGGCAGUGUUGAAAGGGAUUUUAUCAGAGGAAGAAUCUAAACAAAUUCCCGUGGAUCAAUUGGGGCAGAAAUUAUUGGAGAAAAAAGGGGUGUCCUGGAAUAAGAAAUACCGAAAACAAUGUGGAGCAUUACGAAAGUAUUUGCAGAAUCAUCCUCAGACAUUUCAGUUCAGUCCUGAUGAAAAUAAGGUUGGUCUGAAAGAAAAACACAAGCUCCUGUUUAAGUCAGAUUCUCAAGAACAAGAUUUCCAAAGCCCUCCUCAGAAGAAUGAUGUCCACUGGAAUUCAGAAAAAAAACCUACAAGGCUGAGGGACAGUUCUGCUGGUUGCCAUUGGUUUGAUCUGAACGAUUCAAAAGUCCAGCCAAUCAAGGAGAAGGAUAUUGAGAAACAAUUUCAGGGUAAAGAGAGUGCCUACAUGCUGUUUUAUCGAAAAUCUCAGUUAAAAAGACCACCUGAAGCACGAGGAAAUCCAAGGUACCAAAUUCCUGAACACCUUCUGAAUGAAAUGAAUGCUGCUAAUACUGAGCUGCAAAAAAAGAGAGCGGAAUGUGACUCAGCAAACCAUGGCAUUGAUUUACGUCUCCAUUUGAGCUCAUGUUAUAAAUUUCACAAUGGGGCUUUGCAUCCUUCACUUACUUGGAAAGAGAAUGUUGUGGAUUUGACUAUUGAUAGAAGAAAAACGCUAGGAGACCUUCGACAGUCAGUAUUCCAGAAGUUGGAGUCUUGGGAAGGAGACAUGAUUCUCAGUAUUGCCAAGCCUUUACCAGCCGGACUGCAUCUUUACCAGAUACUUGAUGGAGAUGAGCUGACACUGGAUGGCAUUGGGCUGGCUGAUGGAGCAGACAUCUUCGUGUGGAAUGGGAAAGAGGUUGGUGGUACAAAGGUGAUGACAGGCCCUGAUCAUGAACCUGUGGUCAUAAACGUUCUUCGUUUAGCGGAGUAUAACGAAGGAGGAAAGGGUCAGCAUUUCACAGAAUCGCAGCAUGUCUUUUCAUGCAGCACAAAACUGGGUGAUCUGCGCAGAGCCUUAGCACCAUCAGGAGGAAUCAUCCUAAAGAACGGCUCAGGACCAGAUAAAGAAGCCAAGAACUGGGAAGUUUUUCUUGAAGAAAAUAUGAAGGAAACAGUCAAAAGUGUUGGUCUGACGGAUGGAUGCUCAGUACUAAUCUUAGACAGCCAUGACCAGAGCUUCGUGAAUGUGUCAAGUGGCAAUUUGACUGCUUUUACAUAUGACAUCAGCUGGCUCCAAGUUAAAAACUUCUGCGGAAUGGAGGAUGAAGAGAAACACGUUAAAAUUACUGCCACUAUUGAAACAGUGAUGUCAGAUAUCAAAAUGAAAGCAAUAAGGGAGCUUCAGCUGGAGGAGGAACUAGCAAAUGACAGCUGUCUUAGACCUGUUAGUGGAAAUGGGAAACUUCUGUCUCCAGUGCCUGAGGAUUAUACUGUCAAGGAAGCGGAACUGAAAAUGGGAAGCUUGCUAGGGCUGUGUCAUGGGAAAGCUCCAACUUCCACUCAGCUCUUCUUAUAUUUUAUUGUUGGGAGUGACCAAAACACAAGCCCUGAGAUGGAGAUAGUUGUGGAAGAGACUGCCUCUGUCAAAGAGUGUCUAAAUUUAAUGCUGGAAAAAUCUGGAUUAUCAGGUUAG